AUGGCUUUUCUCGGCCAGAGCGAUCGAGCUGGCUUGUUGGUUGGCAUUUAUAUGGUCAACGCAAUCACUGGCGUUCAACCAGUCGACUUCCAGUGGAUCAUGUGCAAUACCGCUGGGCACACGAAACGAGCCUUCCUCAGCGCAGCGUUGAAUGCAGCGUUUGCGGUUGGCAAUAUCAUCGGCCCACAAACGUUCAAGGCUCGGGAUGCACCUCAGUAUGAGCCCGCAAAGGUCGCUCUGGUCUGCUGUUGGGCUGUAUCUGUCGCUUUGGCUAUUGUCCUUGUGGUUUACUAUGUCCUUGUGAAUAGCUCGAGGGAGAAGAAGGAAGGUGCUGUUGAUACUGAGGUCUCGGAGAGCAAAGCGUUCGCUGGUCUGACUGAUAAGCAGAAUGUGGCGUUCAGGUAUCAGUACUAG